GUGUGGGCUGCAGUGCACGCCCCUGCUUCAGUGUUUUCUCCCCGCUGUCGUGUCUCCGGUCUGCGGCACAGUGGCGCUGCUCCUCUCCGGCUGACUGAGCGCCGCCGCCGCCGUCCAAAGCAACUUGAUACCGGAGACGAGUGGUCCAGACGAGACAGCAAACGAGGCGUUCCCAUCCGCCCCGAUUAGACCGAAAGAUAUCCAUCUCCUCCCUGCGCCGUCUGUCAGCACCGGGGCAAAAGAUCCGGGUCCAACAGAGCGGCUCCGUUCGGCGCUCGUGACUUGUGGCGGAUUUUAUUUGGAUUUUUUUUUUUUUAAGGGAAAAAAAUCCGCCGAGAAACCAGACGGGACGCGCAGAACUAACCAGCUAGCUAAACGGCUAGUUUGCGGUCAAGAAAACCGGGAGCGGAUUAUCCAAAAAAAUUAAACAAAUACGAUUUACAGAUGAAGCUAGGUGUUUAUACGAAUUAGAUUAGCCUUUUUUAGUAUUUUUUGCCAUAGUUUGUCUGUUUGCACAAGUUUCCCAGCAGCCAGACAGGCGCCUGGGUUGCUAGCAUGCUAGUUAGCCGAGAUGGAGGUUUGCGGGCACCGCUCAGACGGCACAUCCGACAAACAAGUUAGCUGGCCCGGCCGCGAGUCCGGUGAGUCCGGUCUGUGCCGGAGCGGAAAGCGGGACUAACUGGACUUUCGUGCGUGUGGGGGGAGAAAACUCCCGACUUCUCUGGAUGUCUGUCCAACUUACCGACUGGAGGAUUAAAAGGGGACAAGAAAGGAGCAGAGAUAUCGCUUAAGACGGACCAAAAUAAAUAAAUAAUAAAAAGGAGCACCGAAACUACCAGACCAAAGUCGACGAACAAGAGCCAUGGCUGUGGGCCGGACCGCGAUGAGAUUUCUCGCUAAAUUUGGGUUUUGCCUCGCGAUUCUUCUGACUUCAGUGGCUGCAGCGCAAGGCGAGGAGAGGGAGUGUGCCUUCACAGACCAACAGCAGCAGGGGGAGGUGAAGCGAGUGGCCGAAGGCGAAGGCCGGGUGUCCCCGGAGAACACCACCAUCCGAUGUGCCAAAGGCAGCCACUGUUUCGGGCUGUGGGAGAAGAGUCCUCCUGGCGAAGUGCGGCUGGUCAAACAAGGCUGCUGGAGUCACCUGGCCGAACACAACGGUUGCCGCGAGGACCGCUGCGUGGUCACCCACCUGCCUCCCCUCAUCCAGAAUGGGACAUACCACUUCUGUUGCUGCGGCAGCGACAUGUGCAAUGUAAAUUUCACAGAGGACUUCCCGCCGCCCAGUCCCACCACGGCACAGCCCAUCUACCCUACACUGCGCCAAGAGGAGACCAUAAUCAUCGCCCUGGCAACGGUCGCCGUGCUGGCCGUGCUCAUUGUAGCAGCCUUCUGCGGUUACCGCAUGAUGCACGGAGACGGAAAACAGGGCUUGCACAACCUGAACAUGAUGGAAGCCGCCGCCUCCGAGAGCUCCCUGGACCUGGACAAUCUCAAACUGCUGGAGCUGAUCGGACGUGGAAGGUACGGCGCCGUGUACUGCGGCUCCCUGGACGAGCAGCCGGUCGCCGUGAAGGUUUUCACCGUCGGCAACCGCCAGAACUUCCUCAACGAGUGCUCCAUCUACCGCCUGCCGCUGCUGGAGCACGACAACAUCGCCCGCUUCGUCGCCGCCGACGAGCGCACGGGCCCGGAGGGACGCACCGAGUACCUGCUGGUCAUGGAGUACUACCCACACGGUUCCCUAAGCCACUAUCUGACCCUCCACACAAACGACUGGGUCAGAAGUUGCCGCCUGGCCCACUCGGUCACGCGCGGCCUGGCCUACCUGCACACGGAAAUCUUUAAAGGAGACUUGUACAAGCCGGCGGUGUCGCACAGAGACCUGAACAGCAGGAACAUCCUGGUUAAAGCCGACGGUGCGUGCGUCAUCAUCGAUUUCGGCCUGUCCAUGAAGCUGACAGGGAACAGGCCGGCGCGCCACGGCGAGGAGGAGAACGCUGCCAUCAGUGAGGUGGGAACGAUCCGCUACAUGGCUCCGGAGGUGUUGGAGGGCGCUGUGAACCUGCGGGACUGCGAGUCUGCUCUGAAGCAGGUGGACAUGUACGCGCUGGGCCUCGUCUACUGGGAGACGUUCAUGCGCUGCAGCGACCUCUUCCCAGGAGAGUCUGUGCCAGAGUACCAGAUGGCUUUUCAGGCGGAAGUGGGGAACCACCCAACUUUUGAGGACAUGCAGGUCCUGGUCUCCAGGGAGAAGCAGCGACCCAAAUUCCCAGAAGCCUGGAAGGAGAACAGCCUGGCUGUCCGCUCCCUGAAGGAGACGAUGGAGGACUGCUGGGACCCGGACGCCGAGGCUCGCCUCACGGCCCAGUGCGCAGAGGAGCGGCUGGCCGAGCUGCUGCUCAUAUGGGACCGCUCCAAGUCCGUCAGUCCCACGCUCAACCCCAUGUCUACUACGCUGCACAACGAGAGAAAUCGUAUGACCCCAAAGAGCGGCCCGUACACUGACCAUCCCUCCACCUACAUCGAGGAACAUGAAGGAGUCCCUAAGAACACGCAAGCCGACACCACCAACUCCAUCACUAGCAGAUCCGGAACCGGAGAGAGAAACAGAAACUCCAUCAACCAGGAGCGCCAGCAGCAAGCCAACGCCCGCCUGCCCAGCCCAGACGGCGGCAGCACCAGCAUGGGCCUCAGAGGCAGCCCCUCCACCUCUGGCACAACCACCACGACCAUCUCAGAGUCUGACGGCCCCGUCGGGGUCGCCACGGUCCCCGUCUGCCUGCACCUGACCCAGGAAGACCUGGAAACCACCAAACUGGAUCCCAAAGAGGUGGAUAAGAACCUGAAGGAGAGCUCUGAUGAGAACCUGAUGGAGCACUCGCAAAAGCAGUUCUGCUCGCCAGACCCGCUGAGCCCGGGCAGCUCCAGCCUGCUGUACCCCCUCAUCAAGAUGGCCAGCGAGGCCUCGGGAGCGUCCGACUCCCCUGCUGCCAUGCCCAACACCAUCUUCCCGCUGCCCAAGCAGCAGAACCUGCCAAAGAGGCCGUCCAGUCUGCCGCUGCGCAACAAGCCCGCCAAGAAGGAGUCGUCCUCGUCCUCGUCCUCGCUUCGGUUCAAGUUCGGACGCUCGGGGAAGUCCAAUCUGCGGCAGGUGGAUGGAACCAAGAUGAACAUCGGUGCGGGGACGGGCACAAACACGGCUGAGCCCCACAGGGGCGCCGGCACAAACAACGUUCCAAUUCUGCGAGACGCGCACGCCAAUGGAAGCGUGAACGUCAACGGUCUCGCGGCUGCAGGGAUGUCAUCCAUGGCGCCCGGAGGAGCGGCGGGCUUCGGAGGGCCCGGCAUGCUCCAGAACGGGUCUGCAGCUCUGACGUCCGACGACAGCCGCCUCAGCCUCGGCCUGAUCACAGCCAGCCCCGACGAGCACGAGCCGCUGCUGAGCCGAGAGCAGCCCGACCUCAGAGACGCCGCCACGGGGGUCGGCGUUCUGCACUCGGCUCGACCCAACACCAACAACAACAACAGCAACACGGGCCACGGCCAAGGCGAUGGGGAGAGCGGCGGUGAGAGCGACGGGGGAGAGGAAGGCGGGAGCGCCGAAGCGGGGAGCCGGGAAACCGGCGGGCCUCCGGGGGAAAGCUCCAGAUCCGCAGAACCGCAGAAGGAUGCUGGGGUCAGCGUGAGGGGCGAGGCUCUGCUGCGGCAGCCCAGAACACGCCGACCCGAGAGACCCAACUCGCUGGACCUGUCCUUCACCACACAGGACCUGACCUCCUUAGGUGAAACCUUGGUUCCAUCCGACGCCGCUUUGGGGACGGGCGAGAAGAUCAAGAAGCGCGUCAAGACGCCGUACUCCCUGAAGAAGUGGCGACCCACCACCUGGGUCAUCUCCACAGACGCCCGUGGCCCCGAGGUCAACAACAACGGCUCCGCCCGCUCGCACAGCCAGAACCGGCCCAAGUCCACGUCCGCCAUUUACCUGCACGGCGGCGGCGGCCUGACCAGUGAGCCCGGCGACACGCAGGUGUGAAGUCCGAAAAAAAGACUGCAAGAACUGGACUUCUGAACCAGUGGAAGGAAGCUAACCGGACGGAUCGUGUACAGAACCCGGAUCGCUCCCUCGUCGCUUUAAAUGGAUCCAGCUAUGCAGCAUUCUCAGUCGCUUCGUUUUCCCGCCUUUUUAUCUCCGUUCGUCGUCUCUCACAUGUUUCACCAGCAUGUCGGAGCGCUUUGUUUUUUUAUUUUUAAAUUCCUGUUUCCUUUGUGCACUUUGAAGCGAAUGAAAUCAGUGUUUCGAGGUUCUGUCUGUCGCGACCACAACCAAAAAGAAAAAAAGGGGGCGUGGUCUCUAAACUUAAGGCGAUGAAAAUCAAUCAGAGGAAGCUCUGUUUAAAAAAAGUUGAGGUCUUAAAGACGGAACAAAGUAGUUUUUUUAUUUGAUUUGUAUGCAAUACCAAUUAUUUUCAUCAAUUGUUUUGUAUCAUACUUUUAAUUGUGCAAUAGGAUGUAGUUUUUAGAUGCUUUGAUGUUUUUAUUGCUUCCUAUGUUUUAUUCUUUGAUACUUUAACCUUUGUUGCACUUAUUAUCACAAUCGUCUUUUUAUGUUUUUUUUGUUAAAACACUAUCACCGCGCCCACCUGAGCAGAAAACGGACGACAAUCUUCUUUUUUUCUGACUCAGACGCGGCUGUUUUUUUGGGUGAGGAGGGGUAACAAUCAACCCUGAUGGGGGGAGGAUGAAUAGAAAGAAAGAAAGAAAGAAAGUUCCUCGCUUGCACAGCUCCACAACAAAAAAAAGGCUCUAAGUCUUUGAUUUGUUUGACCACCCGAAACCAAGGAGCGACCUGUUACAACGGCCCAACCCACAUCACUGUACCGCCGCCGCCUGACCUCACUGUGGACUCCAGAUUGCUUUGGACUUCAAAGGCCGGAAACGGUAACAAAGCCGCACUCUGCUCCUCGACAAAUCCAACACUACGGACUACAAAAAAAAAAAAAAAAAAAACACUGAAGCACGCUGGGUAUUAUUUCGUCUGCUCGUCUCAUCCCGCAAAUAUCCGAACGACUGUACCCCCUCCGCUGUGUGUAUCCACUCCGUCAUUCUGUAAUUUCAGCGCUGCUUCAGUGCUCACAAGAUUUCAUUUAUGGGUUUUGUAAUCUGUAAUUUGUGUAAAGAAAAAAAAAGUAUGUGUAUUGCAUUAAUAUUUGCAUCAUUUUUAUUGAAUUUCGUUGUGUGUUCAGUGGACACGGCCUUUGAUUCCAUUGCUGUGCGUCUGCUCGGUACUGUUUCUGUAAACAUUUUUAAGUCAAUAUAGAAGAAAAUCUCAAAUGUAUUAAAUGAC